AUGCAGCCGAAAUCUCACACCCCUUUUUUUGUUCCUCCCCAAAAGGCCAUGAACAACAAUAACAAAGCCACCAACACCAACACCAACAACAGAAUCUCAACAACAAGAAAUGGCAACAGCACCACGCAAGCUUGCGCUGCAUGCAGGUACCAACGCAGAAAGUGUGCACCUGACUGCAUUCUCGCACCCUAUUUCCCACAUGAUCGCCAGCGCCAAUUCUACAACGCUCACAAGUUGUUUGGUGUAAGCAACAUCACCAAAAUCAUCAAGGUUCUCAGCCCUCACGACAAGGACCAAGCCAUGCGCACCAUCAUCUACCAAUCCGACAUGCGUGCCACUGACCCUGUUGGAGGCUGCUAUAGGUACAUUCUCGACCUUCAGGCUCAGAUCGAGUACUGCCGAGCCGAGCUCGAACUCGUCCUUCAACAACUCGCCAUGUUUCGAGCUCAGGCUCAGCACCAGAAUCAGCAACAGUUUCAGCACCAACACGGUAUCUAUGCUCCAAACAAUGUUAACGUCACUGUCCAUGGAGACGGUGAGGUUUUGAACGCUGACCCCAUGGGCUUGUAUAACCAGCAGCAACAGUAUCAUUGCCUGCAGCCUCAACAACAGGAGCAGUAUGUUAUGAUGCAUGAAAAUGGGCAUGGCGCCCAUAACUGCAACGGCGCCACUCCUUUGCAGGACCAGAUCAACACUUGGGCUGUGCAGAACACUGCUGUGUCUCUUUCUUCGUUGUCAUUGCAAGGACAGAGUAGUAAUGUUAGUGAUGAGUAUGACCACAAGCCCGUCAUUGACAUAGAUUCUGAUGAGAGAAGUGAGUUAGGGUUCGAGUCUGAAGAUUUAGUCCAUCGCAGUGAUGAAGCAGUGCUGUUUAAGAUAGAGGAUGCAGUAAUAAAAGGGGAGGGUGACUGCAUGCAACAAGCUCAAGACCAUGACCUGAAAGGUGCAGCAACAUCGUUUACCCUCACAAAUUGUACUUGCUGA